AUGCUAAUAAGAAGAGUACAGCUGAGAGCAUAAUGGAUGUGGCUCUACUGAUGGCCAAUGCUUCCCAGCUAAAGGCUGCGCUAGAGCAGGGGCCACGCUUCUCAUUAUACACCCCCAUCAUCACCCUAAUCAGCAUCUCCCUCUUCCUGCAAGUCACAGUCGGGGUCCUGCUCAUCUUCAUAGAGAAGACAGAGGCGGAAAAGCCAGCUCAGUGCCGCAAAUCUCCUGAGAUCAGACAUCUGAGAUAUCUGAGUACUGUGUCUGAGAUAUCUGAGUACUGUGUAAACCAUCAUUAAUG